AUGAAUACAUUGGUCUUAGUACUUAUUGCUAUUGCAGUUGCCUUCCUACUUAAAUCUGCCUAUAGCUUCUUUUCACGUAUUUCCAACGUAUGGAAGGCUUUAGGCAAAGUUCCCGGUCCUUAUGCACACUGGCUGACUGGCACUUAUAUUGGCACAUUGGAAACGUUUAUCCCUGCUCAUUCCAAACUAUGCGAAAAAUAUCAAGAUAUGUUUCCCAUGUUUUAUAACGUAGCUAAUUUCCAGUUAUGCAUCAGUAAUCCUAUCUUACUUAAGCAAUUUCUCAAGCCUAGUAUCAGUAAAGAAACAAUUAUCCAUAGCUUCUUUGAGGAAUGGGUUGGCCCAGGAAUCUUACAAGCUAAUGGGCCGCAAUGGUCAAGGAAUCGAAGAUUAUUAACACCUGCAUUCCAUUUCGAUGUUUUAAAAUCUUAUAUGAAAGUCUUUAAUGAAUGCGCCGACAUUUUAAUCAACAAAUGGGUGGAUAAAGCCAAAGAUGGCAAACCUAUUGAAAUCCUAGACGAUAUGAGUUUAUGUGCUUUUGAUGCUAUUAUACGUUGUACUUGCUCUACCGAAUUAAAUACACAAACUCAUGGAUCUCGUCAUCAAUUCUUAAUUGCUUGUCGAGAAAAUACUUACCUAGGAGAAUCGAGGAUAUUUAAUCUAUUCCAUCAUAGUAGUUUUCUAUAUAAGUUAAGCCAAAAUGGAAGAAAAUUUCAUCGUAAUGUCGCUUAUUGUCGGCAGUUUGCUCGUGAUAUUAUACUGCGACGUAAAGCUGAAUUAGACAGUCAAGAAGACAAUGAGAAUAAGAAGCAUUAUGAUUUCUUGGAUAUUAUGUUAAAAGCAAAAGAUAGCGAUGGUACAGGCAUGUCUGUCGAUGAAAUUGUCCAUGAGGUGAUUACUUUCCUCUUUGCUGGCCAUGAUACCACAUCAACAUCGCUGUCAUGGCUUUUAUUCAGCUUAGCUUGUAACCCUCAAUGUCAACGACAAUGUCAAGAAGAAAUCCGAAAAGUAACUGAAGAUAGGAAUGAUAUCCGAUGGGAUGAUUUAUCCGCCCUCUCUUACACGACAUUAUGUGUGAAAGAAUCACAACGAUUGCAUACUACUGUCCCCUUUAUUGGGAGGACAUUAGGUGAGGAGACGACGGUCAACGGCUAUACAUUUCCUAAAGGAAUGGACCUUGAGCUACCCAUUUAUCAUUAUCAUCAUGAUUCAAGAUGGUGGAAGAAUCCAUGGGAUUUUGACCCUUCACGAUUUACACCAGAUAAUAGUCAAGAUCGCGAUCCAUUCUGUUAUCUUCCAUUUGCCGUUGGCACAAGAAAUUGCAUUGGACAAAAUUUUGCCUUGCAGGAACUUAAGGCCAUCGCAGCAAAAAUAUUACAACGAUUUGAGCUAUCAACAGACAAUCCAACGUAUCAGCAUAUUCCUGCUGGGGUAUUAAAAAAUAAAGGAGGAAUCUAUCUUACUCUCAAAGACAGGAAGUAG